AUGAGAGAUUAUGGAAUAAUUAUUCCCCAUAAAAACGUGACUGUUGGAGUUCCUAUUAACGUCACACUGCGAUCACAACCAAAUUCUUUAGCUACAUUGCAUAUUUAUGAUAGUCGUUUGGAUGCAUUAAUUAAACAAUCUGUCCCUUCCUCCUCAAAUAACCAAUUAUGGACUUUCUCUGAAUUUCUCAACCCGGAACCUGGAGAACAUUAUUUCGAAAAUUUUAUUUGGUUUUCUAAUGUUUUGGAAUUGUCUAAAUUAUUUGCAAAAAGAAAAGAAAUAUGCCAAAAUGCUGGAAAACUUGCUCCUCAAUGUCCAGUUGAGGGUACUGAGCAGAUAUCAAACGAGCAUAUACAACCAUCUAGUAAAACAAGGAUACCAAUUUCGGCUUCUAGAUUUUCUACUGAAUGCUUGCGUGAAAUACAGGGAGAAUGUGAACGUCAAAAAACAAUUAGAGAAUCGGCUAAUGGAUUCUUAACAGAAAAAGGCCAAACAAAUCAACAACAAAAUGCUUGGCCGAUAAAAACCUCUGGAAAUGAUAAUCAACUUAUGUGGAUGUUAAAUAAAAAGAGCUAUGUCCAAAAUGUUCAAGAAACAUCAAAUAAUGUUGAAGCAUUAAGAAAUGGCAACCAACAAAUAUUAAAUAACGAUGAUGUUUUGUGGCGCUACUUCUUCCCUGAUGUUUGGAUGUUAAAUGAUUUUUAUAUUGGUCAAACAGGAGAAUUGGAAUUAAAUCUAAAAACUCCACAUACAGUAACUGAAUGGUUAUUUAUUCCUAAAUUUUGGACGGAUGGACGUAGGGAUGUUUGCCAUCUGGUUAAUAAACAUGUUUUGUUUGUUCAGAAAGAUGUUUUUAUGGAUGUUGACGUACCUUCGCAUAUUUAUGUUAAUGAAACUAUUUCAGUAAAGGUGACGAUUACUGCAGAAAAUCUAAAUAAAAAUGGAGAAGGUAAAAGAAUGGCAGUUUGUUUUAAAGGCCUUUCACCUUCUGUUUGUGGAGAUGUUGGGAGAGAUGGUGUUGCUGGAGAGAUAGAUUUUACUCGUAUAGAAUUAACAGAAGAAAAGCCAGUACAACAAAAACAAUUUUUUGUUCGUUUCCUCCGUCCAGGACUUCAUAAUCUUACUUUUGAGUUGAGAAAUGAGGAGGUAUUGAAAGGCCAUGGUUGGCAUUGUCGCGAUGGGAAUAUACAUGUUUUUGACCGCAUAGUAAAGCAAAUAAGUGUAACCAAUCGUGUCGAUAUAGAAGAACAUUUUCGCCAAAUUGUUGUUUACCAGCGUCAAAGCUUACCCCCAAGAACUGUUACACUUGAAGAUGUUUUGGGAGAGAAAUCGAGUACACGUGCAACAACAGAUCAUUCUUCACAAAAUUAUUUAACCUUACGUUCAACACAAGAUGUUAUUAGUUAUAGUCAACAACAACCUUUAAAAGUGGAUGAAAGUCAACAAGACGAUGAUACAACUAUUAUUGACACUGAACAAGUUAAGAAUCAUCUAAUUACUCAGAUUCAAAUAAACCCUGGAGGUCUCAGAAUUUUUAGCAUUGGAGUAGAAUUUUCAAAAUUUGUUGCCUCCUUUCCUCCAGCACUUUCUACUGAAUUGAUAGCUGCCUCUUCACCUCUUUCACUCAAUUCUGACCAAUUUCUACAGCGUGUGCGCAAUCGCUCACCAACAAAUUUAUUGUCACCUUCAAUUGCUGAAAAUUUACAAACACGUCGAAAACGUUCAAAAGGCAAAAAAGGAGGAAGAACCCAAAAUAAAGAAUUGCCUAUAAGAAAAAUAUUGCCUAAUAUAGCGCUAAUUAAAGGAGUAGAUUUGGAUAACAGUAAAGAGGUUGAUAGACCCCUUCAAGGCUAUUCCCUGCCUAAUUUGCUCAAGGAAUUGGCUCAGGCGAGUUAUGAAUUUAAAUCUUUGCGUGCUUUAUUAGCUGGAAUAGAAAAUAAUGAAGGUUCCAAAGAAAGUUUCUGGAAUAAUCCAAUAGAAAAGGAAUGGUUAGAACAACGGGAACGCAGAUUGGGCAAUUUAUUAUCAGAAUUGCUUACCUUUUCUGAUUGUCAAGGAAAGAAGUUAUGUGCUUUUGGUGAAUUUGGGAAGCCGAAUAAACCUGAAGAACGCAGUUUGGUUUUAACAUCAUUAGCAACUUCCCUACUUUGUGAACAAAGAACCCCUGAUGAAUAUAUAUGUGCUCCAAUUCAAUUUCUUGCUCAAUCCGUUCUAAAAAUAUUAAGUGAAGAAGAAGAAAAAGAGGAAAUUAUAGCAGGACUUGAUGCUUUUACUAAAUUUAAUGACAAGAAGAGCAAAUGGCUAUUUCUACAAGCAUUAAUAGUCCAAGUUGUUCUGGAUUGUUCAGCAUAUGCAUGUGCAGCACCAUUAAUGAAUGAUCAGUCUUCUUUGGCCAAGGAAGCAUGGAUGAAACUGCACAGUUCUUUUUAUCGUUCUGUUGAUCUGAGUGUAGACUAUGAUGUGAAAGUAAUUGCUGCUCUUGCUUAUAUGUCUACACCGGCUAUAAGAAGUGAGAUGCGAGCAAAACUUGCUGGGAAAACUGCUAAUGAUAACCAUAUUCCAUAUUGGAGUGUGACUGAGGGUUUUUCGAAUAAAUCAGUCAAAGUGCAAAAUUUAUUCGAAAGGAGUUUGCAAAAAAGUUCAAUUGUUCUUGUAAAUGCUUUAGCUUUACUAGCAUAUACACAAAACCAAAGUAUUUAUAAAUUCUGGAGGAAUGAAUUUAAUUUGGAGGCGUUGAGUAAUUGGUUAAUUGAGCAGCAAGAUAGUAAUAGACAAUAUGAGAAUGCUUUGGACACUUUCUUUGCUACUCGUGCAUUACAUCAAUUUGCUGUUGUUAAUGCGCAAAGGCAAAUGCGUCAAGCGUUGGCAGGAACACUUAAUGUAGCAAAUUUCACUGUAUAUUCAACAUCAUCAAAUAGUAGCAGAUUAUUUAAAGGUCAUGAUUUGCCUUUUGGGAUAUUUGUAGAACCUACAGUCCGUCAAAUGGAGCUUAAAUCUCGAGGAGAUUCACAACUCUUAUUAGGCGUUAAAGUUCAAGUAGAAAAGAGAAAACGUUCUCGUCGUGAUCCAAGUGAUGGUGAACCGAUUGUUUUAAGUUUAGAACAAAAAAGGAUACAAGCUGGAUUUAUAAAUCAAACAGUUACAAUUCGUUGUAAUUCACAUUUACUUAAUUCAAUUCAAAUUGAACAUGGCAUAUUUACUGGAUUCAGUACGUAUCCACAUUUUGUCUAUAUUUUGAGAGGCCCAGCAAAGUUCCAAGUAGAACCUCGCAUUAGUGCUACAGCUGUCCAUUUUGUUCUGACUAAUUUAAUUAAAGAAGUUAACGUUGUUUAUACAAUUGCAUUAAUCGAACCAAAUGGAGGCUAUUUACCGGAGAAUUUGGCACCUAUCUCCAUUAGUGCAAUGCAUCAUCAUUUAUCACUUGCUCAACUUAUUGUUUUGCCCCAAGAUUUUGAUUUUCUUGAAGACUUAACAACGUUAUCUAGGAGACGACGUUCAGUAUUAACUAAUUCUGAUGGGGAUGUUCUUCCUCCAGCAAUAUUUCCAGUUGCUACUUCUUUUCUUAGUCCAUUAACAACACCCAAAAAGGAUAAUGAGGAAAUUAAUAUUUUCAAUUCAACAACAAAAUCAACACAACACAAUCAAUUUUUAAAUCUGAUCUCAGAAAAGAGCGAUAAGCCUCAAUCCGAGAUUGUUGAAACAAUUUGCCUUCAAAAUGGAGUUUGCACUUGCGCGGAGCUAAGCUGUACAGUCAAAUGUUCCUCUUGUGCCAGGCUUACAUUUGGUGAACUUUGUGAAAAUAUCAACGCUCCAGAAGGACAUAAAUUUGCUUUAUUCUUCCGAAUCUCUUCUAAAAAUAUCGCUACCAUCCAAAUUGGUGACAGUUCAACAGAAUAUACUGUUUUAAAAGAUGUGCGCAUUAUGGAGUGGAAGAGUAAUGAAAUUGAACAACCAGAGCAGAUAACAAUUUGGAUUAGAAGUUGUAAUCUGAAUUGUUUGAGGAUGGUCAAUGAAAGAAAAGAUGGAGAAUUGCCUCGAUUUUUACUUAUAGGUGAUCCUAGGGGUCUGUUUGAUGAAAGUGACUUAGUAGAAACAAAAUCAAGAUAUGCAAGUUUUGAGAAGCUUGAAGGACAAAAAUCAACAAAAAUGCUUCUUCAGACACAUUAUUUAAUGAGAGACAACGACAGAUUGUUGAAAAGUACAGACUGUUACGAAUUAUUUGGAAGAGUAGAAGAUGAAAGUUGCUUUAUAUAAAAAGGCUGCUGCUUUAAAAAGAGAUAAGACCCAAAGAUAAUUUUAUACAUAAUUUGAUCUUACAGAAUUUGUAUUAUAAAAUUAAUAAUUAUUCGAUUUUUUUGUCGCCUACAGCGCCAAAAAUUCUGAUUUAAUAAGAUUUAAAAGGAUUAAGAGCGAUACUGGGGAUUCUGAAGUAUUAAAUUUAAUAUCAAAGGACUUGAGCGUGGCAACGAGGGAUCAAGAAGAUAUCGUUGGAUUUGGAGGGAUUUUGAGGGAUAUGAGGGGAUUUUAAGAGAUUAAUGUGAAUAUCCGUGGAUAUAUAUUGUGGACUUUGGGAUUCAAGGGAUUUUGGGAAUUAUGGGGUAUAUCAAGGGAUUUUUGGUGAUUAGGAGAGACAUCAAGUAAUAUCCCUCUUAAUCUCUCGGUCUCGACUCUCGGCUUUUUUAACUCUCGAACAUCACUCGUAUCCCAAUAAAUUAAUCCGCUUUUAGAAGAUUUGUGGCAUAUUGGGCUUGCGCCAUAGUGGGCCGUACCCAUAUUUUUAAUAUUUGGCGCGGAAACGUGCCUUCUAUAACUGGCGCUGAACAAUGUGCGCG